AUGAUAUUACACAAGCUGGUGGCUCAAUGUAGUGAAUGGCCUAACAUUUACUCUAGUUGUAGCGUCCUCUGCAACGUAGUGAAUGAUCUAAUAUUUAUAGGCGAAAGACAUAGAAGGGUAAGGGUGGUAGCUUCUCCUCAGUUACAACUUACGGCGAAGAACUUAGUUGGCUCCUUGAUUAAGCUCUAUAUCACAUUGGGUUUCUGGCUCAACUCUUCGCCAACUCGAAGCGCCUUGAUCCUGGCAGGCACAGGUGGUGCGGCAGGGGCAGAUCCCGUGAAGAAAGACAGGAAGCCAGGAACACUACCCUGCGGCUCCUGCUCAUCAAGGAAAAGAUCCUCUGGAGCCCUAAAGGCACCGUGCAGACAAACAAUAGCAACACCAACCAUGAGAGCGGAAACAAGAACGGUACCUACACUUGUAAGAAAGAUCACAACAACGGUAGAGGCGAUCAAGCCGACGAGAGUCUCACGAUCGGAAAAUUGGCGGCCUAAGACUGUUAGUGGCGGAUCGGAGGCAGAACGGAAGAUGUAG